AUGAUGUCCAGGGUUAUCUCAGCUGUCUAUCUGGUGGUGUGGGUCAGUUCUUGUGCCUUCACCUCGGCAGACCAGUACUUGACCAGAGCUCUGGAGCUGAUGUCUGAGACGCCACUCAUCGAUGGCCACAACGACCUGCCAUGGCAGCUUCUAAAGAAAUUCAACAAUGAGCUCAACCUAGUGGAUCUCAACACCCUCGAAUCAACACACACCAACAUCCCCAAGAUCAAAGAGGGACGGCUGGGAGCGCAGUUCUGGUCAGCCUACGUUCCAUGUGAGACUCAGUACAAAGAUGCCGUCAGACAAACACUGGAGCAGAUCGAUGUGAUUCACAGGAUGUGCCAAAAAUACCCAGAAACCUUCAUGUUCGCCACCAGCAGCAAAGACAUCAUGGACGCCUUCAACAUGAACAAGACAGCCAGUCUGAUCGGGGUGGAGGGGGGUCAUUCUUUGGACAGCAGUCUGGGAACCCUCCGCGUCAUGUACCAGCUGGGGGUCCGCUACCUGACUCUCACACACUCCUGCAACACACCGUGGGCGGAUAACUGGCUUGUUGACACUGGAUCAGAGCCAUCUGAACAUAAUGGCCUAUCUCCAUUUGGCAAGCAACUGGUAGUGGAGAUGAACCGGCUGGGGAUGCUGAUCGACCUGGCUCAUGUGACCGUGGCCGUCAUGAACCAGGUGCUGGAUAUGUCCAAAGCUCCCGUCAUCUUCAGCCACUCCUCUGCCUACAGCAUCUGUCAGCAUAAGAGGAAUGUCCCUGAUGAUGUUCUCAAGAGAGUCAAUCAAACCGGCGGAAUCGUCAUGGUGAACUUCUACAACGACUACGUGACCUGCAGCAAGACCGCGAAGCUCUCGGAUGUUGCUGAUCACUUUGACCAUAUCAAGAAAGUGGCCGGGGCGGGUAUCAUCGGUUUUGGCGGAGAUUAUGACGGAGUAACCAGAUUACCUGAGGGUCUGGAGGAUGUGUCCAAGGUGCCCAAUCUGGUGGCUGAACUGCUGAGAAGAGGAUGGACCGAUGAAGAGGUUAAAGCUGCUCUGGGAAACAACCUGCUCCGCGUCCUGAGAGAGGUCGAGAAGGUCCGUGACAGUCAGAGUGGUCUGAGUCCAGAUGAUGUUCCUAUUCCGUACGAGGAGGUGAAGACCCCAUGCAGGACGAGCUUCUUCUACCCCAGCUCCGGAGCCGUCCAAUCCCACAGUGCACUGGGCCUCCUGCUCACACUGGCUAUGCCGCCUCUUAUCACAUUAACAGUGUAA